AUGGAUCCAGAGAACUUGGAUGGACAAGUUUGUCUUCGAGAGCCAGUUGUCAAGACCAUGCUGGAUCCGAGAUUCGAGCAAGCAGAUCGGCGAAUCAGAGCGAAAAUGCUGUUUGAGAAAACGACACUGAUCAAGCCAGACGGCCGCUGCUUCGAGGAGCUCAAAAGAGAAGUCAUCGAAGAAGGAAGAAAAAUCAUCGAAAUGGAGAUGAACCUGCUCAACAUGAAAAGACUCAAGAUCUCGGAAGCGGUCGGUCAGAUUAUGACUUUUUGCAUCGACAAUGAGCAAGAAGAUCCGCUCAUAAAUCGAAGCCGCAACAGCUCAAAUCCCUGGAUGACCCGGCGAGAGAGAUUUUCCGAAUAUCUUCAAGCGCUGAUGAUGUGCAAGAGCCAACCGGAAGACGCUGAAGAGCCCAUUCCGUCGAAAAAGAGCGUGGAAACUCCAGCAAUGUCCUUGCCAACUGUUUAA